GGAAAGGUAUGAUUGAGAGGUUGAAGAUGGGUUCUUCCGAUGAUGGUGUUCUAUCAUUGGUUGUGUUUGUGGUUAUUGGCAUGGUGACAUUAAUGAUCCCUGUCAAUGCAAACCUCUCUCCUCAUUUCUAUGAUAAAGUUUGCCCUCAAGCAUUACCUGUCAUAAGAUCAGUGGUUCAAAGAGCUAUUAACAGAGAACCUCGCAUUGGAGCUUCUCUUCUGCGCUUGCAUUUCCAUGACUGCUUCGUCAAUGGUUGUGAUGGAUCAAUUCUGCUAGACGACACCAGAAACUUCAUUGGCGAGAAGACAGCUUUUCCAAAUAAUAAUUCAGCAAGAGGGUUUUCUGUGGUUGAUGAAAUCAAAGCAGCAGUUGACAAGGCCUGCAAACGCCCUGUGGUGUCAUGUGCAGAUAUUUUAGCCAUAGCAGCUCGUGAUUCCGUUGCCAUUUACGGGGGAAAACACUUUUGGUACCAAGUGUUGUUGGGUAGAAGAGAUGCAAGAACUGCAAGCAGGGAUGCUGCAAAUUCCAAUCUUCCUCCACCAACCUUCAGCUUCUCUCAGCUUGUUUCCAACUUCCAAUCUCACGGAUUGAAUGUGAAGGACCUUGUGGCUCUCUCUGGAGGCCACACCAUUGGCUUUGCAAGGUGCACUACCUUCAGAAACAGAAUCUACAAUGAAUCCAACAUUGACCCCAAGUUUGCAGCAUCCUUGAGGAACAUAUGUCCUCGAAGUGGUGGAGACAAUAACUUAGAAAAAUUAGAUGCUACUCCUGCAAGAGCUGACAGCAGAUACUUCACAGAUUUGCUGCAGAAAAAGGGUCUCCUCCAUUCUGAUCAAGAACUGUUCAAGGGACAAGGCAGAGAAAGUGACAAGCUGGUGCAGCUAUACAGUAGAAGCCCUGUAUCUUUUGCUAGAGAUUUCAAAGCUUCAAUGAUCAAAAUGGGUAACUUGAAGCCUCUUACUGGGAGUAAGGGAGAGAUCAGAUGUCACUGCAGAAGGGUGAAUUAGAAUCACAAAUUACAAGGUGUGAAUUUCAAUAAUGGUAUGCAGUGGAAAGAAUAAGAAGCUGUAUGUAUUGUACCAUAUUGUAUAAUAUGCUUGGUCAUGUCUGCGUUGUUCAAUGAAACAUUUUGCGUGUU